AUGGUCACCGAACGAAUGUCCGCAGAGAACGUGGAAAAUUUUGUCCAUGAACAUCUGAAGGAAGAUUUGCGGCUGUAUGAAAAACUACUGAAGGAGCUAAACGGCGAGAUUAUGGAAUACGUACAGUUGAAGCAUAUGAUUGAAACUAUCCUAGGGCAAGACCGUAAUGAAGGAUUCAAGACGCAGGUUAACAUCGGUGGCAACAUGUUCAUGAAGGCCCGGGCAGACAACGUUGAUCACAUUUUGGUAGACAUUGGACUGAAGGUUUACGUGGAGUUUAAAAUCGAGGAAGCUUUGCGGUUUGUGGAAAUGAAAAUUAAAGUGCUAACGAAACAAGCCGACGUGGUGCGAGACAAAAGCAUCGAAACAAAGGCAAACAUCAAGCUGGCAUUACUUGUGAUAGGAGAUUCUCAGGGACUGCACACAAUCCACGACGAUCGAUGA